CUCACCGAUGGCGCAGGGAGCGAGCAGGUCGUGGUUCCGCUCAGAGUUUUCAAUUUACAAGCUCCCUGUCAUUGCCGCGGAGACUGAGCAAUUACUUGUUACGUAGGCCACCAUCAUGUCAGUGGUUGCUCCUGGUUACUUAGCAGGCUGCAGGUCAUCCGCUGGACACCUGUAUCCAGGAGAAUGGCGUUUUGUUUGCAGGUCUUAACCUAGAGGCUUGAGAAAAUUGGACUACUAGCCUCUAUCUUAGAAGCACAUUGGAUUUCUGAUUGCAAGAUCAAGGCCUCCAAGCAAAAUGAAGUUGAAGAAGGGUGUUAAUCCCAUCUUCUCAUUAUUUUUGCAAUUUAUGAUCAUGGCAUGCAAUGUCAUAUUUAUUUUGCCUUUAUGGUUCUUUGGAUGUUCACAACGAAGGUCCAGAAUAAGAGCAAAAUCAAUUACCAAUCAUCCUGCUGGUCCAUAUAGAUGUGUGGAAAGCCUGGAUAAUCUAAUAGCAAACCUGUAUGCUGGUGCUGACACUCUGGAUAAAAUUUUUCAGUUUGCUACUGAACGUUUUAGAAAUAGGAAUUGUUUAGGAACACGUGAAAUUCUUAGUGAAGAAGAUGAAAUUCAGCCGAGUGGAAAGGUCUUCAAAAAGUUGAUUCUUGGGAGUUAUAAAUGGCUGACCUAUGACGAGGUCUAUCGUCGUGUUCUGCACUUUGGCAGUGGGUUGGCUGUAUUGGGCCAGCGACCCAAAUUCAACAUAGCCAUUUUCUGUGAAACCAGAGCUGAAUGGAUGAUAGCUGCACAAUCCUGCUUCAUGUACAAUUUUCCCCUUGUUACGUUGUAUGCAACUUUGGGAGGUCAAGCAAUUGCACAUGGCUUAAAUGAAACUGAAGUUACUCACAUCAUAACAAGCAAGAAACUUCUUCAAACAAAGCUAAAGGAAAUCCUCCUUAAUGUUCCAAAACUGCAACAUAUCAUAAUUGUAGAUGACAAGCCAACUGCGUGGGCUGAUUAUCCUCGUGGAGUCAUGGUUCACAACAUGGCAGCAGUGGAAGCAUUGGGUGCAAAACCAGACAACUUGAAUAGAGCUCGGACAAAACCUGCAGCUUUAGAUAUUGCAGUAAUAAUGUACACAAGUGGAUCCACGGGACUACCCAAAGGAGUGAUGAUUUCACACAGCAACCUCAUUGCUGGAAUAGCAGGAAUGUGUGACCGAGUUCCUGACUUGGGACCGAAGGAUACCUACAUUGGUUAUCUGCCUCUGGCACACGUCCUGGAGUUGAGUGCAGAAACAUUGUGCAUGGCAUGUGGCUGUUGCAUUGGUUACUCUUCCCCUCAAACCUUGGCAGACCAGUCUGCUAAAAUCAAGAAAGGAAGCAAAGGUGAUACAACUGUACUUAAGCCAACGCUAUUAGCGGCUGUACCGGAAAUUAUGGAUCGAAUUUAUAAGAAUAUAGUAACAAAAGUAGAAGACAUGAAUAGUAUACAACGAACUCUCUUUGUUGUUGCCUACAAUUACAAAAAGGAACAGAUUGCUGUAGGUUACAACACACCCAUCUGUGACUGGUUGAUUUUCCGGAAAAUACGUUUAUUGCUAGGAGGAAAGACCCGGCUCAUUCUGUGUGGAGGUGCUCCAUUAUCACCAUCCACACAAACGUUCAUGAACAUCUGCUUUUGCUGCCCUGUUGGACAAGGAUAUGGAUUAACAGAGACAUGUGGAGCCGGAACUAUUAGUGAUGCAUUUGACUUCACUACUGGCCGUGUGGGAGCUCCACUUCCCUGCUGUGAAAUUACAUUAAAAAACUGGGAAGAAGGUGGAUAUACUGUUUAUGACAAGCCUCAUCCAAGAGGAGAAAUUAUUAUUGGUGGCCCAAAUGUUACCUUGGGAUACUUCAAGAAUAAAUCCAAAACAAUGGAAGAUUAUUUUAUGGAUAAGGAUGGGCAGGCGUGGUUCUGUACUGGGGAUAUAGGCGAAUUUCAAAACGAUGGAUGUCUUAAGGUCAUUGAUCGUAAGAAAGAUCUUGUGAAGCUCCAAGCUGGGGAAUAUGUAGCCUUGGGAAAGGUGGAGUCUGCUUUGAAGAACAGUCCAUUAAUUGAUAAUAUCUGUGUCUAUGCAAACAGUGAUCAGUCAUAUGUCAUCUGUUUUGUGGUGCCCAAUCAGAAACAACUGCUAACUUUGGCUCAGCACAAGAAUGUAAUAGGAAGCUGGGCUGAGAUUUGUAACCACCCAGAAAUGGAGAAAGAAGUGCUGAGAGAGAUCACUGAUGCUGCUACAAUUGCAAAAUUGGAGAAAUUUGAAAUACCAUUAAAAGUGCGGUUGAGUCCUGAACCUUGGACUCCAGAGACAGGCCUGGUGACAGAUGCCUUCAAAUUGAAACGGAAGGAACUCAAAACCCACUAUCAAGCGGACAUUGAACGAAUGUAUGGUGGAAAAUAAUACCUGCAUUCCACACAACCCAAAUAAAUAGGAAUGACUCUGAAAGAUGAUUAUAACAGACAUCAGAACACAAUGUUUUCAAAACUAAGGUCAUAGGAUUAAUCAAAAAGAGAACAUCACAUUAUAAAAUAGGUUAUUCUGUAGUAUUCUUUAUAGGUAUUAACAUUUAUCCAGGUCAAGAUUGCUAAACCAUUUGAAACAAAAAUAAGCAACACACAUCAAAGUUGCUGGUGAACGCAGCAGGCCAGGCAGC